AACCACGCUUAGACAGACAACAAGCCGAGUCAGUGGGAAGCGCGACCUCCGCCUCGCCGCCGGCGAUGGAGCCGCCGCCUCCUCCUCCUCCGGCGACCCCAUCCGCCGCCGUACGCGUCCUCUCCCGAACUCCUCUGCCAGCCUCCCCGAACCCCUCCUCCGCGCCCUCCGCCGUUCCCGGCGCCGGCGCGGCCUCCCACGACGGCGUCGUCGCCGUCGGCUUCGUGGGCGCCGCGGGGACCGCCUGCCUCGCGGACCGGAUCCUCGACGCCCACGUCUUCUCCCCGGGCGGCUCGGCGCGGAGCCUCGCCGGGAGCGUCAGGUACCACCGCGACGGCGACAAGAGGAUGGUGUUCCUGCACCUCACGCAUCCGCCCACACCGAUGGAGACGGGAGGAAUUGGCGGCGCCGGGGAGCUGCCGGAGAUGCUCUUCAUGUUCUCUGUCUGCCACAUAGUUAUAUUUCUGCAAGAAGGCUUCAGAUUUGACACACAAACCUUAAAGAAAUUCCGGCUGCUGCAAUCUUCAAAGCAUGCUUUCGCUCCAUUCGUGAAGUCACUGCUAGCAGCUGCAAUGCCUGCCAAAACUGUUGCCUCUGACACCCCAACACGAGCAACCCACAGGGCUUCCUCCAUCUCCCCUCCAGCACGUCGUGGAGGUCACUCUGGUCGUCAGUCCUCAGCCAUCUCACUUAUGUCCGGAACCACUUCAAAUCCUUCUGUAUUGCCAGGCCAAUGCAUUCCUGUAUUGCUCUUUGUCUUUGAGGAUGAUACCGUUGAUGUUUCAAGUGCUGCCACAAGUUUAGAUGAUAUCGGUGACGCAUUUUCAUCAAAUCAGGGUUCUACCUCUGAUGGAUCAUCAAAACAAAGCUCAGCUUCAAAAGGUUCUGGUUCAGUGGUUAUGCUUGCCCGGGCAGCAAACAAAUCUGAGAGUAGUUCAGGCAAAAAGUUGCAUUCCUCAUUAGAGGGACAGAUUCGUGUCUUGCUCAAGAAGUGUAGGGUGCUUGCUGGCAUGGAGCCAGGACAUAUUGGUCCGAGGGGUGUAAAUAACAUGAGUCAUCAUGUACCCUUGUUCUCACUUGAUACCUCGAGGGUUGUUGCACUGUUGGAACGGUCUAUCAAUAAGAAACAAGAGCCACUAGACAUCAUUGCAGGAUUGUUUGAAGAUUCUUUCAGCUCCAAAUCACCACUGGAUAUUCUUUCACUGGAAAACAACUACCACCCAACAAACCAUGAUGACUCUCAGUUAAUCAAGGACUUUAUAUUCCGGCAGUCUGAUGCACUGAGAGGGAGAGGGGGAUAUUCAAGCAAUGCGACUGCCGGGUCUGUUGCCGGUGUUGGCAUGGUGGCUGCUGCUGCAGCAGCAGCAGCAGUGUCAGCUGCAGCUGGGAAACCAGUUAAUGCUCCUGAUCUCCCUAGUUUUGAUAAAUGGCUAUCCAUAAGUACCUCUAUUCUCACUGCUCUGCUUAGUGGAAGAAAUACACUGAGUGGUUUGUCUGAAAGCAAGACUCAUACAAGUCCUGGUGAGAAAAAUGACCAACUUCCCGCUGGAGGAUCUAAUGCUAUUGACAUCACAUUAUCUUGCUUGGAAAGCAAUAAUGGGUUGAACAUGAAAUUUUCUUCAUCAUGGUGCCAAAGGGUGCUUCCAGCUGCUAAGGAGAUGUACCUGAAAGGUUUACCUGCCUUUUACCCCACCAGCACACAUGAAGUGCAGCUACAGAAGGCAUUGCGAUCCUUUUGCUCAAUGGUUAAAGGACCAGCCGUCAGGGUAUUCUCAAAGAAGCUGGAAGAUGAGUGCCAGACAAUAUGGGAAUCUGGAAGGCAGCAAUGUGAUGCUGUUAGUCUAACUGGCAGACCAUGCAAGCACCGGAGGCAUGUCGAUUUCUCUUCAUCAGAUGCAGUAGAGCAACAUUCUAGUGGAUAUGUCUUCCUCCAUGCGUGUGCCUGUGGCCGGUCACGUCGCCUUAGAGAUGAUCCUUUUGACUUUCAGACAGCCAACGUGUCUUUUAAUUGUUUCUCUAAUUGCGAAGAUCUACUGCCUACGCUUGUGCUUCCAAGAGGUCGCGAUGCUGGCUCGUUUUCAGUAUCCUCUUGGCGUUUGGUGCGACUCGGAGGAGCAAGAUAUUACAAGCCAACAAAAGGGUUGCUCCAAAGUGGCUUUAGCCCCAAAGAGAGGUAUCUUUUAAGGUGGAUGAUAUCUGUUGGUAAGGGACAAGUUAGAAAUGGCAAUCGUUCUAAUACUGUUACUUCAUCCACAAGAUCUAGUACUAACCCUCAGACUCCCCCAGUAGUCACUGGUGAAGUGAAAUCUGCUGUAACCCAAGUUACACCACAAAUUAAAUCUGCAAAGCUUGAAAAUACUGGAAAACAACCUGAAAUGGAAUCAAUGAGCAACUCUGGUAUUAAUUUUGGUAAAGGUCUUCCAAAUUUUACUAUGAAAAAGCCCUUUGCUGAAGUUGUUGCUGGCACCACCGCAAAAGAUUCUGAGUUUCCUGCUCUUCAACAAAUGAGGCCACCAAAACCUGGUGGUCGAAAAGAUGAGCGGCAAAUGAAUAUAGCAGAUCAGACUAAUGGCCGAGGUCACGUGGCUCUCAGCCAAGUGCCUCUAGCUGAAAGUGAACCUGCAAAAGUGAGCAGAAACAAGAGCAGUGAAAGUGCUGAUGGGAGGCCCUUUUUUCAGAUAGGGAGCAAUAUAGGACCUGUGAUUGUUGGAAAUGAGACUAGAGAAACUAAUCAACCGGUACAGCAGUUUGUUGUGUAUGUUGGAUUUGAGCAUGAGUGUCCCUAUGGGCAUCGUUUCUUACUGUCAGAGAAACAUAUGAAGGAGAUUGAUUCUUCCUGUUUGCAGUAUCAAAGACCAUAUGUAAACAAAGAAGCAGAAAGCAAGCAUGCACAAAAGCUGCUCCUAAAUGCUUCCAGUUUGACAGCAUCUACAGUGGACAUAAACAAUGGACGAAAAAACAGCAAGCCACUAGAAUUAUCAGGGAGAAAUAGCCAGCAGCAAUCAAUGCAAAUAAGGGUUAAUGCAGAGACCUCACAGCCUUCUCCUUGGCUUUCAGAUCUACAGAAUGACAAAAGGGGGGAGCAUUAUUUUCGAAGCAUUGCAGUUGAUGAUGGUGGAGAAGCAUUUUCACUCAUGAAUAGAAACUUGCCAAUAUAUAUGCACUGUCCACAUUGUAAGAUGUCAGAAAGGAAGGAACACCAAGAUGUAAAGUUUGCUGGUGCUGUGUCACAACUUCAACGGAUUUUUAUUGUGACACCUGAUUUCCCUGUCCUGUUGGCAAGCUGCCCACUUGUACAGUUUGAGGGGUCAUGUUUACCAUCAAAUGUCUCUGAUCAUGAGCGAGAAGGAUUAUUCAGUAUUGGUUGUCGAGUUAUCCUCCCGCCUGAGAGCUUUCUUACUAUGAGGCUUCCGUUUGUCUAUAGUGUUGAGACAAAAGAGGGAAGUACAUUUCCCCUCAAACACUUUGAGCAACAACCAGAGCUCACAGCGUGGCUGGUUGGAGGCACAGCUUUGCAAAUUGUAUCGAUAGGGAACGCCACUGAGAAAGAAACCAUUAUGAAGUGAUAGACAUGUUAUCUAAAGCUUUACUGGUUUGGGCGUAUCCUAUUCACAUGCAGUGAUAUGCCAUAGGAUGGUUAGUUUUGCUUCUACUCCUGGACUUGUCUAGCUUCCUUUCCUGUGCCUCAUGCAUUGGGAAAUGGAGGUUUGGCUGAUAACUACCUGAAUGAUGUACAAUAUAUGCAAGCAGAGAGACUGACACACAGGCAAUGGUAUGAGUAGGUGUCAGGUAAAGUUUAGCUGGUGAUGUGGGGUCUGUUUUCUUGAGGAUCAGCGGACCAAUCAGAUCCUUUGACUGGGAAUUUUUGUACUAAGAUUAGUUCAGUUCAGCUGUGUAAUAAUUUUGGUCAGUUGAUGUGGUGCUUUGUUUCCAGGCUUGUUAAGAAAUCUGACCUUGGAAUAUAAAAGAAGGAAAGUAUUUUCUGAAUGGCGUGGUGUAGAAAUCGGUCACUGAAAUGGUUUCCUUCAAUAAAGUUGACUGAUUUACCUA